AUGAAGUUCGGCAAGAGCAUCGUCGCGUCCCAGGUCGCCGGUUGGUCAGAGUACUACCUCAACUACAAGGCCCUCAAGAAGAUCAUCAACAGUCUCGCUGCCGGUCGUCCAGCCAGCGAAGUCGCAAUCUUGGCCACCGGUGGCCGUCUCAAGAAGCACAGCGCCGACCUCGCGUCACCUGCUACCAGCGCAAUUGAGACGCCCACAUUCCCUGCCCUUGAUAGCACGCUUUCACUCGGCGCACCAGCCGCCCCCGACGUUGAGGCAGAUGGCGUCGUCGACACCCCUUCCAUUGCCGUCACAGCUGAUCCAGAAGGCGACUCCCUUGAUCUCGAGCCGCUGCCCGCCGAGGCGCAGCCUCCGGCACCCGGCGGGACGCACUCGAUGAUCAGCGCAAGCCACCGCAAUGGCAGCGCGCGCGAGGGCAGUUUCAAGGCGCACCGUGACGCAUUCUUCUUCCUCCUCCAGCGCGAACUUGAGAAGAUCAACCAGUUCUACCUCAUCAAGGAGCGCGAGCUCCGUCUCCGUCUACUCACUCUUCUCAGUAACCGCAAGAGGUUGUUGCGUAGCCAGCGCGAGCUCGGGUCGGACGGCGCAGACGUUGGCGAGGGCGAGAAGCGUUCGGCAGAGUGGAGCUCGCUCGAAGAAGGUUGGCGUUUGUUUGAGCGUGACCUUGGCAAGCUCCAGGGAUUCAUCGAGAUCAACGCUACGGGCUUCCGCAAGAUUCUCAAGAAGUGGGACAAACGCUCGAAAUCUAAUACAAAAGAGCUCUACCUUGAGCGCCAGGUCGAGGUGCAGCCUUGCUUCAACCGCGAAUUUAUCGCUCGCCUUUCGGACAUUGUGGCAGCAAACCUCGUCGACAUGGGGAAUGGGAUCGACCUUGUAUCUGCUUCUUUGUUAACGGCCGACCUUCCCGAACCAAUUGCAGAAGACGCCCUCACCUUCGAUCGCGAAGAUUACGAGUCGGACCCCGGGGAAGCACUUGCUACAGAUGCUCUUCUUGACCUUGAGGUCAAUCUCCCCAAAGUCGUCGAGGGCGGUCGUGAAUCCCUUACCCACUGGCUCAAACAGGCCAAGCGUCUGCUGGCAAAGGACAAAACGGGCAGCCGAGCGAUGCGUAUUGUCUGGCGGGCAGCUCUCACCGUCCCAGACGACUACCUCGACCUGGUCUUCAUGCUUCCCCUCGACUUCCACUACGUCGACAAGAUCAACGACCGCGGGCCCCUGCACCUCGCGUGCAUCAACGGAUCGCUCAAGCUCGUUGAAAAGUGCAUCGACAAGGCACCCGAGCUGAUCGAACGCGAGGAUGCAUAUGCUCGUCGCCCAAUUCACUACGCCGCCAUGCACGGGCAUCCUUCCCUCGUCUCGCUACUGCUCAACGCUGGUGCAAAGGUGUCUCCGACGGACAAGGAUGGCUACACGCCUCUCAUGCACGCGAUCACGCAAGGCCACCUCGAGGUGGUGCGUAUAUUCGUAUCUGGUGAGGCGGAUGUUGAGCCCACGGCGCUGUCCACCGAUUUGAUCCCCUUGUCAUUGGCAUGCCAGUACGGGCACGUCGAGGUUGCCGAAUUGCUGCUCAAGCGUGGCGCCAAAAUCCGCCCCAACUCGGAGGGCAUGUACCCCAUGCAUGUUGCGGCAAAGGCCGGCCACGAGGCCAUUUGCCGCCUGCUAGUCGACCAGGGCAAGGGUGGCGGCAAGGACAAGCCUGACAAGUACAACCUCUGGACGCCGAUGCACCACGCCGCGGUCGGCGGGCGACCAGAGCACCUCGCUUGCAUUCGCGUGCUGGUUGCUGCCGGGUGCGACGUCAACGCCCUCGACGAGUAUGGCAAAUCACCAGGGUGGUAUGCCGCGUGGUUCGGUCAGGUUGGUAUUCUCAACUUCCUCGUUGAGUCGGGCGCACGUCUCAACACGAGGGAUACGGAGAUACGCGGGAUGGAGAACCUGGGACUUUCGGCCGACCCGCAGAUGGACGGCAUGUCGCCCGGGUCAGACGUUGAGCUCGAGCCUCCAGCGAUGGAGGACUUUGAGCUGAUUCCCUCGCUCUCCCUUCCCCCACCGAUGGUUCCUCUUCGCGUUUAUGGCCACGAGUUCUUGGCGAAGCGCUGCCUCGUUCAGCUCUCUCUGGGGCACCCCUUCUCCAAGGGCGACGAGAAGACGCCACCCGUCAAGAUCUACUCUCGCUCGUCAGGCUCAGAUUCGCUGCACAUGUGGUCAAGCCUUAAGCUUGUCAUGACUUCCAAGUCGGACACAACGAUCAACCCGCACUCCAUCAUUCUCCCGCUCGCCGAUUCGCGCGAGGUCUUUUCGUUCCAGGUCCAGUCCCUCGAAAAGUUCACGCUCGAAGUGUCGCUGUAUCCUACGUUUGGGUCGAAGGUUAUUGGCAGGGCGCUCAUUCACCCCUCCACAUUCACCAACAUCCAGGACCAUAAGGGGUUCACUGCCUUCCUCGUUGACCACCACCUCAAGACGAUUGGUGAGGUCGCCUUUGAAGUCAGCUGCAUUCAGCCGUUCGAGGGCGCUCAGCUCGAGAUUGGCGGCCGUGUCGAGACGUACUGGAAGAGCACUGUCGCGCCGUCAAAUGCAGCGCAGGACCAUGCCCACCAGUUCCAAUCGCACCGGCCCAUUGGCGUGUCAACGCUCAACCCGUCAGCUCGCCCCACGGUCGCCGCCCCUCAGCAGGACGAGCCUGCACUUGUGACGGCGUCCUCGCUCAGCGGCGAUUACAUGCGCCUGCAAGUGCAAGUGACUCGCGACGGCGUUCCUGUCGUCUACCCGGAUGCCAAGCUGCCCGUGCCCGACUUUGAUGUGGGUGUGUCGAACCUGACGUUUGCGCAGUUCGAGGCGCUCGCGCAAGCCCACGGUCGCACGCUUCCCAAGAGCGGUCGCGCCGACAGCCUAGCUGGGUGGCACGCCCUUGUAGCCGGCCAGUACGCAAGUCUCAAAGAUGUUCUUGACCUUGUACCUCCUGAGGUUGGCAUCAAUUUGUGCCUCAGGUAUACCCGAGCAUUUGACGCCGCCCGCCUCGGCAUUGCGCGCAGCAUCGAGGUCAACGCAUUCGUGGACGCGGUCCUCCAGGUAGUAUACGACGCUGGCAGGAGUACACCCGGCAGGCGCUUCCUGUUCUCGUCCUUUGACCCGACCGUCUGCACAGCGCUGAACUGGAAGCAGCCAAAUUACGCCGUCAUGUUUGCAUCGUACUGCGGCCUGGACAGACGCCAGGUUGGCGGGGCGCGCCUUGUCCCGGUCGCACCUGGCUCGGAGCCCGACAACCGUUGCCUGAGCGUUCGCGAGGCAGUCAACUUUGCAAAGCAGACGAACCUCCUCGGAGUCAUCCUCGAGGCGACCACGCUCGCAGCUGUCCCGAGUUUGGUAGCCAGCGUCAAAGACGCCGGUCUAUUACUGGCAGCCUUUGGCAACGACCAAGAUAUCGCAGGGCUGCGGCAGGGAAGCGGCGAUGGGAGGACAGUGGACGCAUAUUGUACCAAUGGAAUCAUGACGCUCGUUAUAUACUCCACUUCGGCUGUCGCCCACGUCCGCCGCCGCGCCCGUAACUCUAUCUAUCCCCAAGGCCACAGGAUAGCCUCGCUACCGCGACUGUUGCAUUCCACGACUUUCACAAUGGCGAGUACCACAUCCGAAACCACCGCUGCCCCUCCGUCGUCUUCGUCCUCACCGUCGUCGUCAGUACCGAUCCCGCGCACCCACUCGCACGCGCACUCGCAGCACAACGCCGCGCAUCCACCGCACGCCCACGCCGCCAACGACCACGACCACGCGCACGCACCCGCCCACCCGUCGCCAGCCAUGGACGCGAGCAAGCUGAACCACACCCCCGCGCCGCUCCCCCUGUCCGAGGGUGAGCCGGGUUCGCCGCCGCUGCGCGACGCCAGCACCAUGUUCUCGAACCCCUUUGGGGGCGGCGAGACGGCGUACCUCGACAACGAGCCGCAGCACCCCACCGUCGCCGAGACGGGCGUGCUGAGCACAUCGCCGCGGCAGGGCCCGGGGCCGCGCAUGGGCCAGCUCAAGCGCCGCGAGAGCGAACCCAUGCCCCAGCGCCGGAUCAUUCGGCUCGCGAGCUUUGGCGGCGAGGGCCUCGCGGCCAAACCGGCAAGGCCCUGCCCCGGCGAGGUCGAGGAGGAAGCGAUUGUGUAG